ACAUACCCAUCGUUAUAGGCUUCGCCUCUGGCAGUUUCUUUUUUAAAAGGAAAGCUCAAAGCCACAGAUUAUACAUUCUGCUCACAAGCCGCGCGGGGAAAAUAACCUACGGAGAGCGCGGCAGCGGGACUAAGAGUCUCUUGGAGAGGGAGCGCUUGCGCGUAAACGGGCACCGGGCAUCGCCGAAGACAAAUACGCGGUGCCUGGAUAUUUUUAUUUGCUCUUUUAAUAUAUUGCUGACUGUUCGGUUGAAGGAGAGCGCAUCGGGAGGAGAAGAGUUCUUGUGGAUUGCAAGGAGCGGAUGCGGUAACAUUCGGGGGCUUGAGCGCGCAAAGCACCUGUGGAUGCGGCAGCAAACCUCCCUCUGAUGCUCGGACUCGAAGCGGUUGCGCAGCAAGGAUUCAACGCGCGAUUUAGUUGAUAACUCGUCAAAGCCCGUCCGCAGUUAGACGCUCGGCGCACCAUGCUGCUGAGAGUUUCCUUCCUGGUGGUUCCCCUGCUGAGCAUGAGCGGCUGCGGCGCGUCGUACGUGCCGUGCGAGCCGUGCGACCAGAAGGCCCUGUCCAUGUGUCCGCCGGUGCCGCUCGGGUGCCAGCUGGUCAAGGAGCCCGGCUGCGGCUGCUGCCUGACGUGCGCGCUCGAGGAGGGCCAGCCGUGCGGCGUGUACACGGGGCCGUGCGCGCGCGGGCUCCGCUGCCUGCCCAAGAACGGCGAGGAGAAGCCGCUGCACGCGCUCCUGCACGGCCGCGCGGUGUGCAGGAACGAGAAGCUGUACAAGCUGCUGCAUCCGUCAAAAGACGAAUCACGUGACAUGCUGCAAACCAAGGUGGCCUUAUAUGGAAGAGACUACAUCAGCAGCCAGAAAGCUCUGGCCCAGAAGCACGCCAACGACCGCAAGAAUCAGCUGUCCCGGCGGGGAUCGACCCCCAAGGACUCACCGCUGCUGAGCCCGGAUAAAGUGGAGCACGGGCUCGGGCCGUGCAGGAGGAGACUGGAUAAUGUCAUUCAAAGCAUGAAGGACUCAUCUCGGGUCAUGGCGCUGUCUCUCUACGUCCCCAACUGUGACAAGAAGGGCUUUUUCAAGCGCAAACAGUGUAAGGCGUCGCGCGGACGGAAGAGAGGCAUCUGCUGGUGCGUUGACCGCGUUGGCACGAGAAUCGGCGCGAACUACACCGGAGGAGACCUGCAGUGCAAAGAUCUGGACAACAGCAGCACCAGCAACGAAUGAGAGCCGAAACCAUGAGCCCCUGCCGCCCAUAAAACCUGGCAACCGAGCUAGCAUACGUAAUGACUGCCCUUAAGGAAAACGCGGCACUAAUGCUUCUAUAUAAAUAUAUGUGUAUAUGGUCAGGUGUGAUGGACUGCAUCAUAGUUUUGUUUUGUUUUGUUUCUUAAAGGGAAGCCAAUCUGAAAAGCUUACUUAGACGAACAUCUGCACACGUAGGUCUUACCUUCGGCUCCCCUCUGUCUGUGUACAACCUUCGAGGUCACCUCAUCUGUUUAUAUCCAUAGAUAAUAGAGAAUUACAUAUAUAUUUGUAUAAUAAUGAUUCCAUGUUGUGUAGUGAGACUGAGAGGCAAGUUAUACUGUAUAUUGCUAAAUGUACUCCAAGAAUUCAAAGACAAGACAUAUUUCAAGUGUGGCUGAAAUUUCCAGGACAAUAGGAGACGUCCAAGAAAGUGAGUCGGUUUAAAUUGGAAAAUGUUUUAGUGAGUCUUGCCCUCAACCUACUGCUUCUGGAUAUUAUCUGAUGUGUAGGGGGAAUGUGCCAAGCAGGAAAAGGGGGAGACAGGCUCUGCAGGGUUCCUGUCAGGCUGUGUAUAUCAUCAUCCUCCUCCUCAUCAUCAUCAUCGGAUGGCCGAGAACCAACUCAAGAGCGGUCGGGAGACGUGCAGAAUCAGCAGAAAAGUAAUUUCCGCCAUUUCCAUUUCAGCACGAAAGCUUUCAUUAUGUGCUCAGAGAAGACUUGGAGAACUGUUGGCCCGUUGUCACAAAGUGGAGACAAAUCUGUCCACUCGUGGCUACACGCCGAAUGAAAUAGUGUGAAAUAGCCUGAUCGGUGCCACUGAACGCGAGGCUAACGCCAGUGUCUGAUUAGCUUAGCUUAGCUUAGCUUAGUUUAGCAUAAAAGCCAGGAACCAGCUUCUGCCCAAAUGUAAAAAUGCUAAAAAAUGUUAUUUAGGCUGUAUCAUGUGUAUUUCAAAAAGCUGUGGGUCGAUUGCUCACAAGAUCAGCCCAUCCAGGCUACUGUCCUUCGCUGUCCGCACACAAAUCGUAUGCAAAGGCCUGCGAGGCCCCCACUGCCCCUGCACAGGCAAAUCUGUGGCGGCCUCGCUCUCAGGGGUUUAUCGGGUCCCUUCGUCCUGCGGAGAUCAAGGUUGCCGGGUUUGCAUGUAAAUUCCAGUGCCUUCUGCUCGAUGCCACUUUGAAUUCUUAUUUGCGUGUGAAUCCAGGGUGUUGUUGGAAACGCGACGCUCCAGCACAAUAGGCAGAAAAAACGAUUUCAGGUGUGGACGUGGUCUGACGAACUGCCUGAAAGCUUCAGUUUCAGUUUCCAGUGGAAGUGCCAUCUUCCACCCAAGAGCAGAUGAGUGGAUGAUGAAACAAGGACAAAGGUUUUUGUUUUAUACUGUACUUCCUGUUUUUGUUGUUUAAUUAUGAAUCUUGUUAUUUUAGGAAUCACUAUAUUCAAAUUGUGGCAUUAGGAGACCUUUGACAGGGGCUCAUCAGCCUAUUCUUCCCAGUAAUGCAACUCUCUCGUGUUGUUGAUUCUAGCAGAUAUAAAAACACAACACAGUGACACUGUGUCUGAAGCUUGUUUGACAAAUAUAAAUGUGAACAUAAUAGUGAAAUAUUUAUCAGGCGUGUAAUUGACGUACUCAUUAUUUUGUAAUGACAAAUCUCUAUUUAAUAAAGUUUCUGUAGCUGCA